AUGACAGACAUCCAACCCAUCAAACUCUGGCUCACCCCACCGGGCCCCAACCCCUACAAAGUCCUCGUCAUCCUCGAAGAACUCAGCCUGCCCUACGAAAUCAUCUCCUUCAAAUUCGACGACGUCAAGAAGCCGCCCUUCGUCACCCUCAACCCCAACGGCCGCGUGCCCGCCAUCGAGGACCCGAACACGGGGCUCACGCUGUGGGAGAGCGGCGCCAUUAUCCUGUACCUCGUCGAGCAGUAUGAUACGCAGGGCAGGCUGACACAUGGGGAUAAGGUCGUGGAGAGGAAUCUCGAGAGGCAGUGGUUGAUGUUCCAGAUGAGCGGGCAGGGGCCGUAUUUUGGGCAGGCGGCUUGGUUCAACAUCCUCCACCCCGAGCGCAUCCCCUCGGCCAUGGCCCGCUACAGCGCCGAAGUCCGCCGCAUCCUCUCCAUUCUCGACGGCCACCUGGCCACUUCCCCUUAUCUCGUCGGCGACAAACUGACCUAUGCCGAUUUCUCCUUUAUCCCCUGGAACAGCAUGGUGGAUAUCCUGCCGGGCGAGUCGAAGGAGGAGGUCUUCAAGGGGUAUAAGAAUGUUGUCAGGUGGCAGGAUAGUAUCAUGGCAAGAGACAGCUGGAAGAAGUGUGUGGACACGCGAGCGAUCCUCUAG